CAACUGCGGUCAGCCUGGCCACUUCGCCAGGGACUGCCCCGUGGGUAGUAAUCCAGGAACGCCACCGCUGCAGCAGCAGCAACCGUCGUUCGUGAAUAAUACCAGAUACUGGCAGAACAAGCGCCAAGAGCUUGAAGACGACAUCAAAAGACUCAAAACUAUGAAUGAAUGGAUGAACAUCAAGUUGAGGAAAGAACAAGAGAAAAUCGACAAGUAGAGGGAAGAAGAGGAGAAGGUAAGGAGGGAAGAGGAGCAAAGGAGGCUCCGACAGGAGCAGGAACGAAGGCAGACGGAGCUGAGGAUGCUGAACAAGGAGAUGGAGCUGAGGAUCAUUUCCAUGGCAGCAAGGGAAAUGCAUCAUUUCCGAGUGGAAGUACGUAUCGACGGUAUCGUCGUAAUGACAUACAAACUGCGCUGGCGGCCAGGACAACAACCCUGAAGGAGAAGGGGAAAGGAAGGGCUAAAACUCUGGAUGAUCAUGGCAUUGCUGCGGACAAGCUCUUGAAAUACCUGCAGGGAGAUAACGCAGAAAGCUCUCGAGACAGAGAAGAACGCGGCAGAUGGCUGUUCACACCAAAGAACAGAGGGCAAAGAGUGUCAAGGAAGCUGGGAACGCCGGAGGAAUCAGAAGACGGAGGAGAAGCAACACCUCGAUCUGAGAAGCAAGGCUUGAACACUAAGCCGCAGGGAAUGGAGAAGAAAGUGCCGGCUAGCUGCAGCAGGGAAGGAGUGACUGAAUACUUUCUAAACAUCAGGAAGAAGUACUCAGAACUGACGACACAAGAGAUCAAGAAGCUAUGCAUAAGGGAGGGGACGGACUAUACGUAAACUGUAAACAAGGAACAAGGACUCGGAGAGCUAGUUCGCGUAAGAACGAGGCUGGCGUACGAAGGGUGGCUGAAUGAAGACAAAACGACGGA